CAGCCAGGAAACGGAAGUCUCGUUCUUUUCCGGCCUCUCUUCUUACUGUUUGCCGUGAGUGUCUCUUGGGCGGUGCCGGCCGCGCGCUCGCCUGCGCCCCUCGUAACCAUGCCUCGCAAAAUUGAAGAAAUCAAGGAUUUUCUGCUCACGGCCCGGCGAAAGGAUGCCAAGUCUGUCAAGAUCAAGAAAAACAAGGAUAACGUGAAGUUUAAAGUCCGCUGCAGCAGGUACCUUUACACGCUGGUCAUCACAGACAAGGAGAAGGCAGAGAAACUGAAGCAGUCGCUGCCCCCAGGUUUGGCAGUAAAGGAGCUGAAAUGAACCCGGCACACUGAUUUGAACUGUAUUAAAAUUUUAAAAAUU